AUGUCGUCGCAAAGAGAGACAUACCAACUCCCAUCCCAGGGCUCUGGAUUCAGCGGGUUCGCGUCGGGUUACGCCGCAGGUGACGCAUCGGGCGGGCCAACUGUCCAGUAUGUGUGUGGCGAAUGUGCAGCCAAAGUCAGCUUAGCAAAGGGCGAUGCGAUUCGAUGCAGCAUGUGCGGCCACAGAGUCCUCUACAAGGAGAGAACCAAGAGGUAUGGAGGCAGGCUCCAGCAUAUUUGUUGA